AGCUCGGAGUGGCUGCCGGCGUCUUUGUCCCGCGAGAUUUCAACGUCUCAUGCAGUCUCAUCAAGUGAGCAAGUCGGACAAAAUUACUAACCUUCAUGCAAAGCACUAGCAAGACGGCGGUCGCAAUUGCGCAGGUCUGCGUCGUUCUCGCUCAUCUCAAACGAGCCUACUAUGGUGACGGAGAAAACCCAUGAGAAAACCGCCUCAAAGAUCACAUGUCUGUCAUGUGACCACGCAUAGCAGGAAGGAGUAGUUGUAAACAUUAGAAGUAAUUUCACGUUUGCCUUUAUGAACUUUUGACUUACUUUUUUAAACGUGAAACGCGACAUGCUAUUGCCUUCUUAUUCACCUCUUUUAAUUGAAGGGAAAAGGCUUAAAAGUUUGUGGUAGACCAACUGUCCUAACAGGGUGCCAAAAAGCACAAUCAGAUGUCUUCCUCCUCUUCACCUUCCGUGCUCCUAAAUACUGGGGUUCAGAUGCCCCUCCUGGGUCUGGGGACCUACAAGUUGGUGGGUCCUGAAGAUGUCUAUCAGGCUGUGGAUGCAGCGCUGGCGGCAGGUUAUCGGUCUUUUGACAGUGCAGCCGUCUACCGAAAUGAAGCUGACCUGGGCCGAGUGCUGAAGGAGCUCCUUCCCAAACAUGGCUUAACCAGAGAGGAUGUGUUCAUAACAAGUAAGCUGGGCCCCAAGGAUCAGGGGGAGGGAGCGAUGGAAGGAGCACUCCGCAGCCUGGCUCAGCUGGACCUGGGCUACAUUGACCUCUACCUGAUCCACUGGCCUGGCACACAGGGUCGUGUAGUGACUGACCAACGCAACCCAGGUAACAGAGCUGAGAGUUGGGCCGCUCUGGAGAAGCUGCAUGCCCAGGGUAAGCUGAAGGCCAUCGGAGUGUCCAACUACACACCAGCACACAUGAGGGAACUGAUACAGAGCUGCAAGAUCCCUCCUGCUUUGCUGCAGGUAGAGUUUCACCCAAGGCUUUGCCAGACAGAGCUGAGGAAAGUGUGUGAGGAGUAUGAAGUGUGUUUCCAAGCGUACUCCUCCUUAGGGAAAGGAGAGCUGGUCACUGACCCUGUGGUGCUGGAGGUGUCAAAGAACUGUGAACGCACACCUGCACAGGUCCUGUUGCGCUGGGCUGUGCAACAGGGUGUCCCAGUGCUGCCAAAGUCCUCAAAUCCAGACAGAAUAAAGGACAAUGCCAGGCUUUUUGACUUCACACUGAGUGACACAGACAUGGACAGACUUUCAGCUUUGGACUGUGAACACAAAUAUUGCUGGGAUCCAUCAGAAGUGGUUUGAAAGACCACAUAUUCACAAUGCCUCUUUAAUUUGGCUGUUCUUUAGCUCUCAAAGACGAAGUGGUGGUAAAGGUGAGAGGUUGGAUAUGGACAACUCAGUUACGUAAUAAAUGCACUGGACUGAUGUAUUCAGAAAUUUGGCAAAUAUAUGUACUAAGCUUCUGAGAGUUCAGGAAACCUUUUAGAUAGAUAGAUAGUACUUUAUUGAUCCCAAAUUGGGAAAUUGUUUUUGUUACAGCAGCAUAAUAGACAAGGCAUUUUACAAUAAAACAAAACUACAAAAUAAACAAGAAUAGAAAGUAAAAUAAAAUAGAAAAUAUACAUGUUGAAAUAGAAAAUAUGCAUGCAGAUAUUAUAUAUACAAAUAUAUAUAUAUAUAUAUAGAUUAUGUAUGAGUAAAAUGUACAACGUGGUUUUAUUUCAAGAGAAACUAUGGAGCAGAGUUUUAGAAAACAUUUACUUAUAAGUGGUCCUUUUAAUUGUCACCCAUAUGCCAUGAAACAUACGAAGCCUUUUAGGCCUAAAUGUGCUGCAUGUAGAGCAAAACCGUGUCAUCAUUUUAAGACUAUUUCUAUAUUCUUUGGUGCCUCACACUUUAAUUCAUAUGCAAAGUCAGAAUAAAAUAAUUAAAAAACAGAAA